AUGAGUAGACUACACAAGUCUUCAUUACAACAACAAUGGAAAAUCAGCGGAUUUUCUGUCGAUAGAAAUUUAAUUGCAUUUACCGUUUCAAACUUUUCUUCUCAUUGUACCAAAAUUCCCUCGACAGAAUUAUUUCUUGCUAAAAUACCGUCUGAUAAUUCAAAAACAGUAUCUAUAGCAGAAACUCAUUGUGCUCUUAAUUUAAUGCCUUUUGAUAUUAAUUUUAUGAUAAUUAGUGAAAAAACACUCGCUGAACUGACAACAAGAGGGCCUCUUCCACAAAUGGAUGAAACAUUAAUUGAGAAGGUUAAUAGAAACAAAUAUAGACAUGCUACAAAACUUGAUGAAAAAAUACUAAAUCAAAGAAAACAACAAAAAACGACAGCAAAACCAUUCAGUGCCAUAAUAAAAUUUUUAGACAGAAUAACUACACAACCAACAAUUGCUUCAACAACAUUUCAAACAACAAUUAAGACAUCAAUUGAAAAACAGACAAAAACAACAACAAAAACAUCGAACAUAGAAAAACAAACAAAUUUUGGAGUUAAAACAACGCAGCAAACAACAAAACAAACACCUAAACAAACACCAAAACAGACACCAAAACCAGCACAAAAUAAAAACAUCGAGAUUAAAACAACGCAACAAACAACAACAGAAACACCAGAACAAACUCAACAAACAAAAACAAAUUUUAAUUCUGAAACAGGAAAUUCUGAUUCGUCUAUUCAUUCAAUUCCGAUUCGUGUAAAACCGGAGAGUAUUAUUGAAGAGGAAGGAGAACAAUUGGGAGAUUAUAUUUAUGUUGAGGAUCCGUUAAUGGAAGAACUUCCAUUUGAUGAGGAGAAUGAUUUACAGAAUGAUGAAGAGGAACAUAAUCUAGUACCGCUUCCCGGGGAAGAAGUGGGGGAAGUAAGAGAGGACGAAAAAAAAGAAAUUCAAAACCAAACAGAAAGUCAAAGUUUAAAUUCGGCAAUUUUUAGGAAAGAAAUCGGAAGAUGGAUAUUAAUCGUUUUUACAUUAUUAUUAAUAAUUUUGAGAUAA